AGAUGCUCUUUGUCCGUCGCCAGCGGCUCCACUCAGUGGGAGGCUUCUCUCUGCUGCUGCUCCACUGUCUGUCCCAUGUCAAAAUUAAAGACAUGACCUCAGAUUCCAGUCCUGCCUUCCAGAGGCUUUUCUUUAAGGUACUGCAGGCAUGCCUGGGGGAGCUGUUUCAGGCCAGACUGGGCACCCCCCACUCUGGACAAGAAGCCAAUUUGUGUGUGUGGUUUCAAGACCAAGGGGCCCCUUCAGGAGAGCCACAGGGGACUCUGUCAGACUCUCAUGCUGCCUCCUUGCUUCACAGACUUCAUAAACCAAGCAGAGGGCUGCUGUCUGAAGAUGAAGUUGAGGAACUAAAGAGAAAGCACAAAGAAACGUCUCUCCUCUCCCAUCUUGAGGAACUUUUGAGAGAGAAGAGUGCUGAAGCCACAGAGAAGGGGGAGAGACCGGACACAUGUAAAGACCAUCAUUGCUGAUGAAAAUCCUGAGUUUUUCAUAAUAUUCUAUCAGUUGUGUUUAACAGAAAGGCAAUGAUAGCUAAACACUGACUGAACAAUCAGAAAUCUACGCCUAAGGCUAUUUACCACCAACUUCAAAACAUAUUUUUCAACCUGCAAAAUGUCCCAGUUUCAACCUGUUUAAUGUUCUGCUCAGACCAACAUUUUAAAAGCGUAGUUUGUUGAGUUGACUCAUAUAUUUUUGCAUCAUGUGUCGAGCAAUUCCUUUCAUUUAAAUAGGAUAUAAGUAAAUGUAACUGUGAGACAAAAAUACCUAUAAAUAGUAUUUUUCUGAUAAUUUUAGGUCAUGUGUCUACAACGUCGGUCACUUUUUAUUUGUUUAGUCAAUGAAAAGUAUUUUAACUACUUCAGUUUGCUGCCCUUCAUUUAGUCAAUGGCUCGUUUAAUUCCAGAAAGAGGUUUUUGACACUGCUGGUAAAGUAAUCUCGCUUGUUUGUUUAGUGUGAGAGCUGUAAACUUUUUUUCUUCACCAGUGAACUUCAUUUCUGACAUUUCUGUAGCUCUUGUAAUCACUGAUCACAAAAAAGUCAUAUUGCUGUGUUUGUUAUUUUUAUUUUAUUUUUUUUGCAAUAAAACAAUUAUUCCACUGUAGACCAGCAACAACUCUCUCCUUAUACAAAUCUUUUAACACCAUAAGCAUUACAAUGGCAUUCCUGGGGUCUUUUUGGGUGUAACUCAUUACAAGAGGUACACAGAAAAACAUAUGUGUACAAUCUGUGUGCGUGUGCACAUACAGACAUCUGUGGUCCUAUGUGUGGGGGGAGGGAAAGUCCAUAGUAACAAAAGCUUGGCUGAAAAAAAAAUGGUGCCCUCAAUGCUGCU